GCGCGCCCGCGCGCAUGCCGCGCGCUGUCCAGUGUUGAUGUGUCGCAGAUUUUAAAAAGUGAAGCAGAGUUGGAGAGGAAGCGCGGACGCUCAGCGGAAAAUCACCAGAACUCUCGCGGCUUCGGUGACACUUCCACGGCGGGUUUUCCCACCAUCCUUCUUCCUCCCGCAACUAUUUAUAUCCCCCGCAGCGCAGAAAGCGACGCGUCCGACCCUAGCCGCGUCCUGUUGGAGCAGCGAUGGAGCUCUCAUCUAUAGGAGACCAGGUGUUCGCAGUUGAGUCAAUAACGAAGAAGAGAGUCAGAAAGGGUAAUGUGGAGUAUCUACUGAAGUGGCAGGGAUGGCCCCCAGAGUACAGCACGUGGGAACCAGAGGACAACAUCUUGGACCCUCUCCUGGUCCUGGCCUACGAAGAGAAUCAGGAGAAGAUCAGAUCUUUGGCCUACCGAAAGAAAGGUCUCAGGCCCAGGAAGCUCAUGCUGCGGAACAUCUUUGCCAUGGACCUCCGCAGUGCCAGCAAGGAUUCGGAGAAGCCCCCCCCUCGCCUGCGUCUGUCCCUCACCAGGUCCAUGAGCACAGACGUUGAACAGCUGUGCCGUCGUCCAGCUGGGAGGAGGUACAGAUCGAGGAUGACCAAACUAGGGUCCAAACGCUCGUCCUGCAAGCCCAUCCAUCUCCAGAAGAAGAAGCUGGACUCCCCGCUGAAGCACUGGGGGGAGGCCAGUGAGGAGGACAGGCCAGAGUGUGAAAGUGCUGCUGAGGAGAAAUGUGAAGACAGCUGCUACGGUCAUUCAGAGUGCAGCUCACCACCCUUCGUGGAGCGACAGGACGUGGACGUGGAGAAGGUGGACGACCAGCUGACGCCCAUCAACACAGAAAUGUGGACCAACACAGCGGACGGAGGGACGACUGGGACGUGUCAGAUAUCUGCACACGAGCAGCCAAAGGACAAUGCGUUGGCCUCUGAGGCCAAACUGGGAGAUGCGGUGGUUUCCCUGGGAGACAGGCUGGAUUUUGACGGCGGUGAGACGGGGGUGGAGGCGGGCUCAGAGUGUGAGACGGGGGUGGAGGCGGGCUCAGAAUGUCCCAGCGUGGACAGCAUUCCUCGUGAGAGAAGCAACACGACGUCGGUGAUUGUGAGGGUCCAGGACUAUGCCAGCACUGGGGUAAAGGUGGAGGAAGGGAGCGCCAACAAUCAGUCGGUUACCAUGGCGACGUCAGGCCCUGCCGAAGAAGAACGUCCAGAGAAAGUGAUCGUAACAAACGUGACUGUGAACUCGCUGACGGUGACGUUCGUUGAAGCCGACGGGGCCGAAGGCUUCUUUAAGGGCUGCUGAAGGAAAAGGCCGCAGCUCCGGAUCACCAGAAUUCAACUCGCCACUCGUUUAGUCCUGCGCGUAAAACGGAAACGUUUACAGAUGUACCUUCACUUCCUACUGAGUUCAGUAAAGACAUUUACCAAUGAAAGUGAGUGCUGAUUUUAUCAUUUAAGAGGAAGUCUGGUUGCUCUCCUAAGUGCUGGAGUGACCCGUUGAGAUCGGGCCGCCGGGUUUCCAGCCAGAACCGUUCGCGUAACUACUCCGAUGCAGUUAGCCUUCCGUAGUGCUUUCCAGCAGGACGCCGGUCCCAGAUCUGUCCUCGGGGUGGCCGGUUUCAGUCGCUCCUCUUUCUUACUCGUACUGUUUUGUAAACGUCGCUCUUGUUUCGUCUUUUGGGUUUCUUUGCACAGAGCUAAACGCAUGCCCCGCCUCUCUGUGCCGCUCAAAGGCCCGUCCUGUGCUUGUCUGAGCGGUUUAUUUCUGUAACAAAAGAAAUGCAACAAAGGCGGCGGAUGAACGCCUCUGAUGGAGUUUUGCAUUUCAAUGAGCUUGAGAAGAAAGUCAUGAUUUUGCCGUUUGUCCUAUGAAAUGCUUCCUGGUUCUAUUUUUGUAUCACCAAGCGAUGGUCGACUUUUUAGAGACGAGUCUACACUGCUGCUGUCACACUGUAGGUCGUGCAAAUGUACUUUAGAUUAAACUAGUGAUCUACUAUUUAUUGCAUGUCACUUGUAUAAACUAACUUAUGUCAGGAUAAUGUCUUAAACUGAUGGAUUGUCUUGACGUCUUCAAGAAAAAAAGAUUUUUUAUUUAACUGCAUUUCCAAUAAAUGUGUACUAAAGCAAA